AGCUUUCCCUGGUUAGGGAGAACAUCUCAGCUGAAUUGUUGUAAAGAAAUUCACGAAAUGAACAGGCUUUUUCGCGUUCAAACCCUUGYAAGAAGGUCAUGGGUUAAUUUUACCACUAGAAAUGUUCAAAUGUACAAUCUAGUUGAGGUUUCUGAGGUCGAAGCGUUCAUUCAUCGUUGUAUGGUAAGAGUUGGAACUUCAAGUGAACAUGCAAGACAGUURGCUAAAGUAUUGACUUUAGGUGAUGUUAGAGGACAUUUUAGUCAUGGAUURAACCGACUAGAAAUGUACAUUCAUGAUAUUGAUGUGGGUACCACGGUAAAUCAGGGUGAACCAUCCAUCAUAAAAGAAGGACCAGCAACUGCACUYGUCGAUGGAAAUAACCUUCUAGGCCCUGUUGUUGGUAAUUUUUGCAUGGAUUUAGCAAUACAGAAGGCCAAAGAGAUUGGAAUAUCAUGGGUGGCAUGCAGAGGUUCUAAUCACUAUGGUAUAGCUGGAUGGUACACACUAAGAGCACUGGAGCAUGGAUUAAUUGGUAUAAGUGUGACUAAUACAUCACCAUUGGUUGUACCUACAAGAGCCAGAGAGGUUACUCUAGGCACUAACCCGAUAUCAGUCGCUGCACCAGGACAAGAUGGUGAUAGUUUUGUUUUGGAYAUGGCAACAUCAGCAGUGGCAUUAGGAAAGAUUGAGAUGAACAGACGUAAGAAUGAACCUAUCCCAGCUGGMUGGGGUGUUAACAACAAAGGGCUGGAGACCUUUGAUCCUGUUGAUGUGCUAGACAAAAAUGGUGGUCAGCUGCCUCUUGGUGGGACAGAACUCACAAGUGGUUAUAAAGGAUAUGGCCUUGGUAUGUUAGUUGAAGUAUUAUCUGGUGUUCUUGCUGGCAGUGCAAUUGGUCCAGAUAUUCGACGGUGGAAGGGUGAUGACAGAAUAGCAAAUCUGGGCCAGUGUUUUGCUGCAAUCAAUCCAGCAAUGUUUGAGCCUGGAUUUGAAGAUCGAAUGCAGCAUCUAAUGGACUACUGCAGAAUUCUAAAACCUGCAGAGGGMGAGAGAUCAGUCUUGGUAGCYGGUGAUCCCGAGAGACUUCAUCUUAGGAAAGUUGAUCGAGAAAAUGGAAUCCAGUACCAUGUAAAUCUUCUGUCAUCUUUGGAUGAGCUUGCAGACAAGCUGGGAGUAGAACGCAUGGCCAAAAAGGCAGAAUAAAWCCGGAACCAUCGGUGAAAUGCGAAUCAUAUAUACCAAAGYAGAUACAGCGAAUCUCAUUAACCUUGUUCAGAUAUAAAGACAGUAUAGCAAGAAAGUGAUUUGCACAAAGAUGUUUUUAAAAUUCCCGAGACUGAGUAAUUCACGUUUUCUAAAUUAGUUUUACAAAUUAGAAGUUACGGAUUCAUGCUGUGAUUGCGUUUUGCACUUAAAGUUUAAUCAUCWUCAUCAUUCUACUUYGCGCCAUGUGGUGCAUUAGGCMCCGCUGCKYUCCUAUACCUCCUCCUCCAAUAGACUUGCAAAAAGACUUAAGCCACGWUAUAUGCAAAUGACUUUGUUAUUGUCUUUACUUAUAAGCGAACAUCGUUAAUGGAAUUGCCUGUAUAUGUGUUUAAUACAAACUGUAGCUACCCUAGGUAAUUUAUAUUUUUUAAUCAAUAAUAUUUAGUUUKUAUUAAAUAUAGACUGCGAUAUUAUUCCCUUUAGUUGUAGACCAAUACGUACUGAGAUAAUUUAUAUAUAGAUAGAUAGAAACUCUUAAUAACAUAAAUGAUAUUAACUUCGUUUUAUUCCAUUCAUUGGACUUUAUACUUGUAUCUUUGGGUUCCCUGUGUCUGUCUAGUUGUCAUGACGACUAGUAGUGUUUUUGUCCUCGGGGGUGAGCUAAAACAGGUGAAUUAUGGCUGGAAAAACAAGCUGCGAUUUUGACAUGAUUUUAUAAAGAAAACGAUAAAUAUCAUGAAAUAUUUUUAUCGAAUUUAAUAAAAGACGAUUAUUAUGACA